AAUCCAGCGACCAAUUACUUUGAAAGAGAUGAAUAACAAUGGCAUCCGUGUUAUUUAAAACCGUCGCCGUUCUUCUUCGUUUUAAUGGAAACUCGCGUGAAGCAAGAGAAUCCGGUAACUACUUCGACUACUCUCUCGACUUGGAAACCCGCCGCUAGAAACAAAACCAUUCCGCCGCGAGAAUCCGUUAUCGAACUUAGUAGUAGCGACGAAGGAUCCGAGUUAGGGGAAAAUCUCGACGGAAUCGCUGAUAUCGAAAGCGUAGACCGAACCGGUGGAGAUGUUUCUGGAACGAAGAGAGCGAGAAGUGAUUCUAUAGCUUCACCGGCGAAGAAAUUAGCGGUUAUGAUUCCGGAGGAUGACGAAGGGUUUUUACAAUCGACUUCGUCUGGACAAGCGAUUUUGGCUCUUCCGGCUACGCCUUGUAACGUUGUGGCGGCGCCUAGUUCGCUUUGGGGAAGUUGUAAGCAAUUUUGGAAAGCUGGUGAUUAUGAAGGAACAUCUGGUGGUGAUUGGGAAGUUUCUGCAGGUGGCUUUGAUCAUGUGAGAGUACAUCCUAAGUUCCUGCAUUCUAAUGCAACUAGUCACAAAUGGUCUCUUGGAGCUUUUGCUGAGCUUUUGGACAAUGCUUUGGAUGAGGUUCAUACUGGAGCUACAUAUGUUAAUGUAGACAUGAUCGAGAACAAGAAAGAUGGAAGCAAGAUGGUUGUAAUCGAGGACGAUGGAGGUGGGAUGAAUCCUGAAAAGAUGCGGCAUUGUAUGUCUCUUGGAUAUUCGGCCAAGAGCAAACUUGCAGAUACCAUUGGACAAUAUGGCAAUGGAUUCAAGACUAGUACAAUGAGACUCGGAGCUGAUGUCAUUGUUUUCUCUCGUUGCCUUGGAAAAGAUGGAAAGAGCUCGACACAGAGCAUUGGGCUUCUAUCAUAUACAUUUCUAAAGAGCACGGGAAAAGAAGACAUAGUUGUACCCAUGCUUGACUAUGAAAGAAGAGAUUCUGAAUGGUGUCCAAUAACGAGGUCAUCAGUUAGUGAUUGGGAGAAAAAUGUGGAAACAGUAGUUCAAUGGUCGCCGUUUCCUACUGAAGAAGAUCUUCUUCGUCAGUUUAAUCUAGUGAAGAAACAUGGGACAAGGAUAAUCAUAUAUAACCUCUGGGAAGAUGACCAAGGAAUGCUAGAACUUGAUUUUGACACUGAUCCACAUGAUAUCCAGCUUCGAGGGGUCAAUCGGGAUGAGAAAAAUAUUGAUAUGGCUUCUCAAUUCCCUAACUCUAGACAUUACCUGACGUACAAGCACUCACUCAGGAGUUAUGCAUCUAUUCUCUACCUAAAGAUUCCACGUGAGUUCCGUAUCAUUCUCCGAGGAAAAGAUGUUGAGCAUCACAACAUAGUAAAUGACAUGAUGCAGACAGAAAAAAUUACUUAUCGGCCAAAAGAAGGGGCUGAUGGAUGCGCUAAGUACUCAAAUCUGUCUGCUGUUGUGACCAUUGGAUUUGUGAAAGAUGCAAAACAUCAUGUGGAUGUUCAAGGCUUCAAUGUUUACCACAAAAAUCGCCUUAUUAAGCCAUUUUGGAGGAUAUGGAAUGCAGCAGGAAGUGAUGGUCGUGGGGUCAUAGGUGUCCUGGAAGCAAAUUUUGUUGAGCCUGCUCAUGAUAAGCAAGGGUUUGAGCGCACAACAGUUUUGUCUAGACUCGAGGCACGGCUACUUCAAAUGCAGAAGAAUUAUUGGAGAUCUAAUUGUCACAAAAUUGGAUAUGCUUCAAGGCAAGGCAGAAAGUCUGUUAAGGAUACUGAAGACAGAGAAUCUUCACCAGAAUAUGAUCCUAAAGGAUCUGACUCAUCCAGGAAAAGGAACGCUGCUUCGAGCUUUAAAACCCCAACUGCUGCUCCGAACUUUAAUACUCCAACCGCAGCUUCAGAAAAAUUCAACACAAGAUCAAAUGUUAUUCGAGGAGGAAAAGGAUCUGUGAAAGAUUCUAAAGACAUUGGGUAUAAAUCAUCAGGGAAAGGUGGUGGUAAACUUGGAAACUCCUUUUCCAAAUCUGACAAACAAGCGAAGCCUCAAUUAGCUCGUGCUGUGGAGGUCACAUAUAGUGAUGAUGAUUAUGAUUCUUCACCAGAAAGAAAUGUCACUGAGCUUCCUGAGAAGAGUUCUGAAUUACCCAAGCCUAAGUCUGGCUCGCGUACCCUCAGUCAAUUGGAACAAGAGAAUAAUGAGUUAAGAGACAGGCUCAAUAAAAAAGAAGAAGUCUUCCUGUUACUGCAAAAGGACCUGCGACGUGAGAAAGAGCUUCGCAAGACACUUGAAGCUGAGGUUCAAACAUUAAAGGUCAAGUUAGAAGAAAUGGAUAAAGAGCAAGCAAGUUUAAUCGAUGUUUUCGCAGAGGAUAGAGACAGACGCGACAAGGAGGAAGAAAAUCUCAGAAUUAAGCUAGAGGAGGCGUUAAACACAAUCCAAAAGUUGUUAGAUGGAAAAGCUCGAGGCAGAUAAGUCGUUCAACGCAGAUGUUAGAGGUGCAUUGAUGAUAGUAUUGAGAGGCAUCUUACAUAAUUGACUGAUUAGGUUGAUUGCUUUAACAUCAACGUUUUGUAGUGGUGUGUGGUCUCGGACCUGACCACAACGGAGUUAGUAGAGAAGUAGGAUAUUGUUGUAAAGUGAGGUUGUUGGUUUAAUGUUUGAAACAUUUGAAUUUGGUUCGGCAUUUCCAACCUCUCCUAAAUCCUCAAAUAUCUGUUUUUGUAGUCAGUAUGAUUAAACUAACCAAAUUAAC